ACCGCUCUGGCGCCGCAAGAUGGCGGCCGUGUGGCCGCCGUAGGCGCUAUGGGCUUUCUCGGCCUCGGGGCGCUGCUCCUGCCGCUGCUGUUGGUGGCUCCCUGCCCCGGGCAGCGCGCCGGGGACCCCGUCUUCCAGCCUUCAUUUAUCCAUAUGUCAGGGCCCAGAGUCAGUUCAUUUUUUCUUGGAAAUUCUUCAGGAGUUAACUUUUCUGUAAUUUUAAGUCCUGGAAAUGAAGAGACAGGAAAAUUGCAAGUUGCAAAUUGCAGUGGAAGUAAAAGAGCCGGUGAUUGGAAUUUGGAUGUAACACCUGGCGUGAACGCUUCCAAAGUGACUGUAAGCCUGAGCAGAAAGCUGGAGCUGUGUUUGCCCAAUGCCACUGCCUGCUGCCCCUCCCCUCUCUGCGUGCUGGAAACACUCCAGGUUUUGGCUUGCCGUGGCUCAGUGAGGCUGGCACAGCUCCUGAUUCAAGCUGAAAUAUUUGCCAACUCCUCCUUUGCAGGAAAUGUCUCAGAAAAUGCAACUAUCAUCCCCAACCAGGCCUUUCAGCCCUUGGGCUCUUGUCCUUGUGAUUUAACAGCUGGAGCUUGUGAUGUUCGUUGUUGCUGUGAUCUGGAGUGCACAGCAGACAUGAAGCAGUUGUUCAACGGCUCGUGUUUCACUGGGGUGUUUGGUGGGGAUGUCAACCCCCCUUUUGAUCAGCUCUGCUCUUCCCAGUCGAUGGAAUACACCCCUGAGUGGUUUCCCUUCCUUUGUGUGCAGUCUUCUCUUGACAACACCCCAUUUCUUGGCUAUUUUUAUCAUGGCUCUACUUCUACACCCAAAGUUCCUGCCUUUACAAUCCCUUUACAAACUUCUCCUGGGAGACUUUUCACUGGUUACAGACGAGGAGAUCCAAUCAUAACUGAAGAAAAUGAGUAUUUUACCAUUCCCCAGCAGAGCCUGGCUGGGCAGUGUGCUGGGAAUGCUCCCGUGGCCUUUCUGCAGGACCUGGAUGUCAAAUGCUUGACCAGCCUGGAGUCCUACAAGGAAGGCCUGCCCCACCACGUGAGGAUAAACACUGGCACUGCAGACUUCAUCCAGCAAAAUGUCACCUACAGAACCAUCACUGACAGGAGCAAGUUCAUCACUGAAAGUGAAAGCCUUCAUCCUGCCCAGGCUCUGUGUCAAAAUGUGACUUUUGCAGAGCAUUACACAUUCAUUUGCAAGGACAAGAACAUUGAGCAAGUAAAUGUCACGGUCUUCCUUGGAAGUUUGUGUGAUGGAGAAAUACUGACACAGAGAUUCACAGUUGAAUUUCUGAGAUCAAAGAGUACUAAUGAAGAAGAACUGCCCGAGAAUCCAGGUUACCAAGUUGGAAAACCAGUGAGAGCUGCAAAUAUAAAUGCUUCUGAUCCUCUGGGAACCCUAAACAUUUGGCAGCCAGCUGGCAGAGGUUUAUGUUCAUCAGCAACUUACACACCAGUUUUAUUUGGAGUAGACUCCUACUCUGGGUGCAUUCUGGAAGUUGGGAUGAACGAGGAUUGCAGCCUUUUAAGAGGAAAUGUAGCUGAGAAAUUGAAUUCAUUAAUACAAGCCACUCACGUUGGAAAGAGGGACAAUUCCAGUUACAGUGACCCAGAGGACUGGGUGGAAAUUAUCCGUCUUGACCCAUUGAAUUCUGAUGCCAAUGUGAGCACUGGAAACUUAAAAGGCUUUUGUCCAGAUAUUCCUGCAAACCUGAAUAUUCACAUCAUGUUUGCUGAAGUGGGAGCAGUGCAAGGGAUUCCCCAGCACCAGAUUCUUGCUGUGCAGAUCAGUUACUCAACGGUGCUGUGGCAGUUCCAGUGUGGGCUGAGCUGUGGGAACACCCUCAGCUCCCUGCCCAUCACGGCCUCUGUCCAGUUCAUCGAGGUCCCAGCUCAGCCACCUGUCCAAAAGAUGAGAUACCACAGGAUUUAUGUGGAAUUUGACUGCAAUCAAAAUGAUGUGUGCCUGCAGCAACUGCUCUAUCCAUUGACACGGUUUUACACAGGAGAACCAUAUUCCCAGUGUCUUGCUAAAGGCCUGCUACUGGCAUUUCUUGUUUUACUUGCAGUAAUUAUGAGCAGCCCUUGGUUUUCUAAAUUAUGGAACAGAUAGGUAAAAAUUAUGGAGAAAUAUUCUUGGAUCUUGUAGACGAUUUGUAUAAACAUUUAAAAAUACAUAAAAUCAGUGCUUUUACACACAGAAAAUGGCUGUGUUAUUUAACCCAAAAGUAAUAAAUUAUUUUUAAGCUCCAGACUCGGUGCUGGGAGCAGC